ACAAAGCAAUUACUCUGUUGCUAGGACAAAACAUGUUUAUAAAAGCAGCUGUCAAAUCUGCAGAUGGGCAGUUCGCGGCAGGCUGUUCGUCGGUAUUGCUGAGACAGCGCGGCGUUUCUCCCUCUGCCGAAUCCUGCAAAAAAAAAAAAAAAAAGCAAAAAAUUCCCCCAUGGAUAAUUUGCAACUUGGGAAGGAAGCCGGUAAAGCGAUGGACCGAUCUGAGAUUUCUGAAGAGACGUCCGGAACGGAUGAUAAUCCAAGAAUCGAGAGCUGUUCCGUUCAAGAGGAAAGGCCCUGCAAUAAAACUGGGGAUCUAGAACUCAGAAAUCCAGAAAAGGAGACCUCGGCAUCUCUGCGUCCCGUUGCUGUGACGGUGUCGGCCCCGGCGCCUCUCCAGCAGGGCCCGUUCAGAGUCUCUGCCACUGACAUGACCUGCCUCAUCUGUUUCCACCAAUUCAGCCUCGCCCGGCUGCCCAAAGUCCUGGCGUGCCAGCAUGCCUUCUGCGCCGCGUGCCUGAAGAUGAUCUUGCGGCAAGAGGAUCGCACCUGGAUCGUCCGCUGUCCCCUCUGCCGAAAAGCCACGGUGGUAUUCGGGGGUCUCAUCUGCAGCCUCCGCAACUUACAGCAUGUCACGGCGCAGUUGGGGCCCCCAGGUCCGGAUGCAGAGAUGGCUGGCGCUCCGGGCGCUGCCGGGGUGUGGCACAGCCAGCAGUCUCCUUCCCUCGAAAUGCAAUUUCAGGACUCGGGCGAGAUCAACCAGGCUGCCAUCAAGAGGUUGAUUCUGUUGCUUCUGCUCGUUUCUCUACUGAUUGUCUUCAUCCUCCCGUUCACCAACACCGGACUGCUGACGUGGUUCCUCUGCUUCGUGGUGGUUUUAGGCGGCAUAAUCUGCGCUGUGCUUUGCUGGGACCCCAGUUGGAGCCCCCCAAGUUUUUCACUGCCCCUCUGGACAAAGAAAGUCAAUCAAGCGGCCUGAGAAACGACUUUUCUUGGCUUCUUCUAGGAAGGGUCGCGAGCCUCUUGAUGCUCGAGCACACAAGACCAAAGCUGAACGGGUGUCGGGGCUGGGUGGGUUCAGAUGUGACAUACACACCUGGAAAUCUUGGCAGAGAAUCCAUCGCUGUUUGUAGCAUCUGGCUUCACGUCACGUUGGUCCGAAAAUCGCAAAACGCACUCCUGAUGCUUCCUUAAAUAAUAGAAUUUUAUUUUGGAGGGUGUCUGAAUAAAUUUACAUCCGGUUUUAUUUUAUUCCACCACAACAAACCAAGGGUGGCUUCCGCCUUUAAAAAAAAAAAAAGAAAAGAGUCCAAGAUUAAUGAGUAACAUCUAGAUGGAACCUCCACCGUGAGGUGCAGUCUACCUCCAAAGAACUAGCUUAACAACCGGGACAACUGCGGUGGCCCAAGUCUUCCUUAAAGGUGGUCCUUUUUAAGGAGAUAAAAUUGCGAGUUUAGUUUAUUGGGGGGCGGUUUAAUGUUUUGGUUUUCAUUUAGCCAUUUUUGAGGUUUCCUUCAAGGGCUGCACAGCCGUUAGCAUUUAAAGCAGAAAAGCUUCACUUUAAUUCCAUUGUUAAAACACAUAAUAAUGCUGCUUUAAAAGAUUUUUUUUUAAAAAUCAGUACACACAUUGUUGGUAAACUGGGAAUUUAAAUCUAUUUAUGUCAGGGUGGUUUCCACACCAGCUGACUUAAAAUUUCUUCGGGAAACAUUUGAAGAGGAGAUAUACAGAUGGGUUUCUUCUCAUAUAUAGUUGUGUGUG